AUCGCUCUUGUCUCCCCUCUGCAACUAUCUACCGACGAGUCCACUUGUUCACGAGGACGAGGAUAGGCCUUUUUAAUCAUUUGAGUCUGUUUGAUUCGUGUAAGUUAGGAUGGAGGAACUAAACCAAAUCUUGAAGAAUAAUAGGACGGAUGAUCUCACUUGGUUUUGCUCUCUCUCAGAAUCUGAAUUGGAUAUGCUCAUCAGCUUAAAAAAACUAGCCAUUCAACGCGCCAUAAUUAGUGGUCACCAAGAAUUAGCUGACAAAUUUGAUCUUAAGUUGCUCCGAGCUCUAGGGCUUGUGCUAAUGGAGUAUGUAAGAAAGAGGGUAGAAGAUGAUACUUGUCUUGCCCCAAGUGUUGUUAAUCAACUCAGCCUUUUGGAUAGUUGUAACUUGUUGGAAACGAGUGUAGAUGGUACUAUAGACACUGAGGAUAUUUUAACUGAAAUCUGCAACAACAAUUCAAAAAAGAAAUCACGGAAAAGGAGGCGGUCCAAGUGAAACUGGCAUUUCGCAGAGAAUAAUUUUGCUCGGUUCUGGUCGGUGUGGCUUAGACUCUGGAGCAGAGAAUAGUUUUUUUAUAAGAUGAUAUUCCUGAUUAUAUACCUUGCAGUAUCAUUUUAUGUAACAUCUCAUUGUUUCUUCGGCCUCUUUUUCUUUUGUCCAUGGACCGAUAUGCUUGUGAUUGAUUAUGUGGAGCUUUGGUGUGAUAAUUUUUAUUUUCCAGAAAUCUUAGUUCAAACUUGUAGGACAUAACUGAGCUUAGUACAGCAGUGUCUGGAUAGGCGGGAAA